AUGUUCACCACGGUCAUUGACAAGGAUCCGUAUUUGACCAACAUUGAAAAACUCCAGCAUCUACGGUCAUGCCUUAAAGGAACAGCACUGGAUACAAUUCGCUCCUUGGAAAUUUCAAACGCUAAUUAUGCUGCCGCUUUAGAACUGCUUGAUAAGCGUUUUAAUAACAAGCGUCUUAUUUUUCAGGCACACAUCGCUGAAAUUUUGGGUUUAAGGAAGGUGGAUAAGGGCGCGACGACACAGCUGCGCGAAUUUUCAGAUAAGCUCAACUCUCAUCUACGUGCUUUAAAAUCGAUGGGCAGUGUGGAACAGAUCGCCGGUUGCGUCAUAGUACACACGUUGCUGCAAAAACUAGAUAGCGCUACGCAAGCUAGCUGGGGGGAUGAUGCGCCGUUGGACGUCAUACCAUCAUGCGAGCGGUUUACAACCUUCAUCGAGAGGCGUUGCCAAAGGCAGCGGAUCACGCUACGACAAUGUACACGCCUAGCUCCCAUGUGGGCCAGAACAACAGUAGUAGAAGAACGUUUGUAG